CUACCUAUCAAACGUAUAUACAUUAAAUAUACAUUCAAUGGUCCCACAGAGACUGGUUGACAGUAGGUUGAAGUUGAGGUAUAUUAGGAGAGUACUUAAUCAAUGUGGUGUAUCAUUCUUUAUUAUAUAGGUAUAGCUGCAGAUCAAUCUGUUUGAUUAGGUUUAUAUGAUUGAAUUCAAAUUGUAAUAAAGAAAACUUUUUAUGGGAUUUUGUGGUCAUCCCAAAAGUUCUAGAUCAUUGGGGUCUUGAUCAAGCGAGUCAUCACCAUUAGCUUUUAUCAUUUGGAUGCAUCCCAAGGUCUAUAUGUAGAGAUAAGUACAAGCAAUUAAGAAAGCAAAGCACAUUGAACAAUAACAAUCCAUAGGUAGGAGAAGGUUGAUCCUCGAGGUCUGAAAUGUCAUGUUAGAGAGGACCCACUUUGGGAAAGCUUGUCUGACUGGCAUAUGGGAGUGGUGAAUCGAGCAGUUCAGACCACGCUGGUUUUGGAUUUAUUUGUUUGAUGACUUGUCUGAUGUGGGGAAAAAUUCAACCGUGGCUUGUGCAUAAGCAGGAAAACUUGGUGAUCAAGCAAAUUACUGCUAGUGGUAGAUUAUUCUAGAAUCUUGUUGGAGAUCAUGGAAGUGACUGGAGGACUUCAAAAUUUAGCCCUCAUAGCAGUUUGGCAGUUAGAUCUUGAUUUGAAUAAUGGGUUUUGGUGAUUUUUCUUUUUAAUUGGGUGGUUUUCUGAAGCGGUCUCACUUUCAUGUCAGUUCGGUUUUAGUCCGAAUAUCUGGUUUUGAAGCACACAAGAAAAUUUGGAGUUGGCUACAGCGUUUGGACAGCCAGGUUUUGGGUCAAAUUUGGAGAUUAAUAUUGAAUAGACUUGAUGGCAUACAGAAAAAUAGAUUUAUCAUCAGUUUGAUUAUCGGGAAAACUGUCUAUUUAUAAGUAGUAUUUAGAUUUGUGGUAUUACAGCUCUUGGGUAUGCGAUGUUUUAUUUCAAUUCGCAAGUCUGAUUUUAGAGCUCUUCUGUUAUCUUUGAAAAUCUUGGUAAUCAUCUUGUCUGAUAUCUGGGCAUUCAGCUGGUCCUAUAAGUAGUGAGGAGAAAUCUUUUUGGGACUUUGUGGGGUGUUUCAAGAACAAUGAAUAAAUCAGCGCAAACUGUUGCAGAUAUAGUAGAGGAGAUCAUGAGAUUGCACAGAUCUCUUCCUCCGAGGCCCAGUUUUGAGGAAUUUGAAGCUGCCAUUGCUCUGGUAAAGGAUGUGGAGAGCAAAGAACAGUCUCAGAUAGAAAUGAUUAUGAAGCAGCAGAAACCCUCUGAUGUGCCUUUCGAAUUAUUUGCAGUGUUGCAGGAAAUGCAGAAGAACUUUGUUUGUAUGAAGAGUCAGCAGGAGAAACGUGAAGCCUUAGACGUUAUUGAUCUAGAAAGAUACCAUCGCCUGUUUGAUGAUUGGCUGCAAAAGGCAUACGGGGCGAUUCAGUAUGCCAAUGGUAAUAGUAAUAGUUCAAGGGCUUCAUGGAUUGCGCCCCAACUUCCCAAUGGAGAUGGAGUUGUGGGAAAUGGAGGCGACUUUUAUCUCAAAGAAUUUGAAGGGAAAAAGAAACAGGAGGUAGUCCGUAUUGCACAAUACAGUAAGGAUGACAGCUUUAUCCAGAAACCAAAGGUGUCAUAUUCAGAGGAGGGAAUUAGAGAAUCAGAAAAACCUAGAGCUAUGAUGCCGAAUUCCUUUGUCAAACCCUCUGCAGAGCCAGGAAGUGGAACAGGUGAUGGGAAGCAGAAAUUCAGCCUUAUAAAAAUUGCUAGCGUCUUUGAAGCAACAGCCAAGACAGGUGCAGAGAGUUUGGAUCUCCAAGGAAAAUUACUAGACCAGCUUGAGUGGCUUCCAGAUUCAAUCGGAAAGCUCACUAGCCUUGUUCAACUCAAUUUGUCUGAGAACCGAAUUGUGAUUCUUCCUAGUGCAAUAGGAGGACUUACUAGAUUGACAAAACUAGAUUUGCACUCAAAUCAACUGCACAGUCUUCCUGAUUCCAUUGGAGAGCUUUCUAGUCUGACUGAAUUAGAUUUACGUGGCAACCGUUUAACUAAAUUACCUGCUACUAUUGGGAAUAUUUCCACCCUUGUAAAUCUUGAUGUGAGUUCAAACCACCUUUCUUCAUUACCAGAGUCCAUUGGCCAGCUGACAAACUUGAAAAUACUAAGUAUUGGAAACAAUGAGAUUGAGGAACUUCCAUAUACAAUUGGUCAAUGUACAGCUCUAGUUGAGCUUCGAGCAGAUUUUAAUAACCUCAAAGCGUUGCCAGAAGCAGUUGGUAAGCUUGUGUCUUUGGAGGUCCUGACAUUGCACUACAACAGAGUGAAGAACCUACCAACUACCCUGGCUUCUUUAGCAAGUUUGAAAGAACUUGAUGUUAGCUUCAACGAAUUGGAGUCAGUACCAGAAAGUCUCUGCUUUGCAACAAAUCUUGUCAAACUGAAUGUUGGCAGGAACUUUGCUGAUUUGCGUUCUCUUCCCCGGUCCAUAGGAAAUCUUGAAAUGCUUGAGGAGUUGGAUAUCAGUAGCAAUCAGAUAAAGGUUCUUCCUGAUUCUUUUGCACUGCUAAAAAGGCUUCGUGUUCUUCAUGUAGAGGAGAUACCACUUGAAUAUCCUCCAAUACAUAUAGCUGAAAAGGGAGCUCAGGCUGUUGUGCAGUACAUGUCUGAAGAAAUUGCCAAGAGAGAGGAAAAAUCACAAGCAACCAAGCCAAAAAGGAAAAGGGCAAGUUAUUUUCAAUGUCUUAUCACAUCAAUUUGGACAAAAAGAAACACAAAGAAUGGGAAGGUUUGAUCUUUGACUGCCACAGAAGCAAAUUAAGAUGAGAGGUAUAAAACAACUGCAGCAAGUUUCUGGCCUGAAAAGUAGCGCAACAUGCAAAGGUGUAUUGGGAUGAAAUAUUGACUUUGAGUUUGGCUUAAAUCUUCAUAAGCCUAUUUUGAGAUAUCUUGACAUUUCAUUUGAUAUUUUAAGGCACCACUCUGGCAUGUAGGGGGUUGAGCUAGAGGCUGCUUGAAAGGAAGCUGUGUUACAUAGUGCAUGAUUUUUUUGUAUAUUGUAUCAAGUAUGAUUUUGUUUAUAUUUAAACAAUUCUUUUCUAUGCCCAAAUGGGAGAAGUGUGGAAGACAUUGUACUAUGAGUGUCUCUCCAGUUGGUCAUGGAAUCUGGAUAAGCAUUGCUUGGAACAGAUAGACAUUACUUGGAACUAGAUUUUUGAGGUUUUCGUGAAAUUGUAUAGCUUAAAAGUUAAGACUGAAUCAUUUGCCUUUUGUUUGAAUAAUUGAAUCCAUCUAGUGUUACAGAUCA